UUGGGCGGACCGUGCGGAAGGGGCGCCCGGCCUUCUCCCCUCGCUGCAGCCGGCCCCGUCCAGAUGUGGAGCAGGGUGUGUGACCGAAAUGGUGGAAGACGGCUCAGGCAAUGGCUGAUUGAACAAAUCGAUAGUGGAAUGUAUCCUGGGCUGAUCUGGGAAAAUGAAGAGAAAACCAUGUUCCGUAUCCCAUGGAAACAUGCAGGAAAACAGGAUUAUAAUCAAGAGGUGGACGCAUCUAUUUUCAAGGCAUGGGCAGUAUUCAAAGGAAAAUUCAAAGAAGGUGACAAAGCAGAGCCAGCGACAUGGAAGACCAGACUACGUUGCGCCUUAAAUAAGAGCCCGGACUUUGAAGAAGUGACUGAGAGGUCACAGCUUGACAUUUCAGAGCCUUACAAGGUUUACCGCAUCGUUCCAGAGGAAGAGCAAAAAUGCAAGAUGGGGAUGGGGACCAGAUGCAGCUUGAAUGAGGUCACAGACAUGGACUGCAACGCUUCCUCCAUAGAAGAGUUAAUGAAGGAGCCUCCCUCAGCUGUGGAGGAGUAUCUUGGCACAAUCAAAAGAAGCCCUUCACCACCACAGGAGAGCAGCAGAAAUCCACCCAUCCCAGACUGGUGGAUGCAUCAGUCAAGUCAUGCUUUGUCCCUGAUGACUGGGUUUGCUGCGUACGAGCCUCUUCUAGGCUACUCCCAAAUGGUGAUCAACUUCUACUAUGGAGGGAAGCUGGUGGGGAGCACAACCACCUCUUGCCCCGAGGGCUGCCGGAUCUCCCUGGGAGAGGUGCCCUAUUGCUUGGAAAGCUUGGAACAUGUGCAGUUCCCAUCUGCAGAGCUGAUACCCAACGAGCGCCAGAGGCAGAUUACCAGAAAGCUCUUUGGGCACCUGGAACGGGGUGUCCUUCUGCACUGCAACAAACAAGGCAUCUUCAUCAAGCGGCUGAGCCAAGGAAGGGUCUUCUGGAGCGGGAACACCAUGGCCUGCAAGGAGAAACCCAACAAACUGGACCGGGAUGAGGUGGUCAAAAUAUUUGACACCAACUACUUCCUCAGAGAGUUCCAUCAGUAUUAUAACAGUCAAGGCCGCUUCCCAAACAGCAAAGUGAUCCUGUGUUUCGGAGAGGAAUUUCCAGAUGCCGUCCCCUUACGCUGCAAGCUGAUCCUGGUUGAGAUUGAGCAGCUGAGCAUCCGGCAGCUGGUGGAGGAAGCCCGGAAGAAUGAAAACAGCGCUUUGGGCCCCCCAGCAGGAGAGGAGGUGCAUUAUGAUCAGAUGUACAGGAACUUCCAGGAUUCUUGUGGACCUCAUCAAAGACCCAUUUUCAGAGAAAACCAGCAAAUUACCGUUUGAGACUCUGGGGCAGAAUAUUUCAUUAAUUUUUCAAGCUUUUUUUCCCUUCUUCUUCCGCCUCCCCAAUCUUACAGCUUAGAUCUUCCACACUGAAAUUUUCCUUUUUGGAUUUUUAAAAAAUGUUUUGUAUGUAAAUGUAUAAAGGGUUUAAAUAUAUAAGGGCUUGUUUUCCCCCCUUUCCUUUCAGAAUUUAACACAAAAAGCCUCAACUGCAAAUCGCUUUGAUCUUCCCAACUACUGCAAGUCCCACAGAAAGUUGCAUUUUCAAGAGCAUUGGCGCAUGUUGUCCUUUUUAAAGUGAGGGUGUAACAAUCGCACCCAAGCACUUCUUCAGUUUCCCACAAAGGGUUUGAUUGAGCAUUGUUCUGGGGGAAUUAAUGGAAAUUAAAAGGGUUGCUGGGCCUUGUGGUCUGUGUCGUUGGGAAGUCUUCAGGGCAAGAACCAG